AGAGAGAGAGAGAGAGAGAGAGAGAGACGCAAGUGAUUGGAGAUUCAUCCAAGCGCUCAGGACGCACAGACGGAGUUGCACAAUCAGCGCUCCAAAGGGACUCCAAAAAGCAGAAACCCCUCAGCGCUCCUUCAGUUCUGCCAUCCAACACUCACUGCAAGUGGAUAUUAUUUGCAAUUCGAAAAACUUUUUUGUUGAUAUUUUGUUGCGUUUAGUCGUAGAGACCGUUUGGAGAGCUGGGUUUUUGAGGAGCCUGAUUGAAAAGAAAUCCAUUUCAUCUUUUUUUUUGAUUUGUGAAGACAUGCAUCGGUGCACAGCGGUGCUACUUUUGUUAGUGGUGGCCUUGUACUUCUUGAGCGCAGAAGCCUAUAAGUGCAGGUGCACCAGAAAAGGACCAAAGAUCAGAUACAAGGAUGUACAGAAGCUGGAGAUCAAACCCAAACACCCGUACUGCCAAGAGAAGAUGAUAUUCGUGACAAUGGAGAACGUCGCUCGGUUCAAAGGGCAGGAGUACUGUCUUCAUCCCAAACUUCAGAAAACCAAGAAUCUGGUCAAAUGGUUCCGCAUCUGGAAGGACAAGCACAGGGUGUAUGAAGCUUAAGACAUCGGCUACCCAGCACACGUGGAUCAAGUGAGACAAAAAAAACACCACCACCAGGACUCUUUUUAUGAAGUGCAAGAUGUAACCUACAAUCAAACUGUACUUCUCCCUCUUCUGUCUGAGAUCUGUCAACCGCAUUAAGAGAUAUCUUUAGUUCGUAUAUAAGCUGGUGGGCUCAUUUUAGUCGGCCAUCAAUGUAGUUACAGUCACUCACCACUCCAGUCUUUACAACUGUAGUUAUGCUUGUCAAAUAGUGGACAAGACACCACCGUCUGUGUUCAAACAGUUGUAGGUUUGUUCAGAUAUGAUUUAAAGGGACUUCUCUUUUGCUUUGGGUUUUAGGCUUCUAUCAAAAUGAAGAAUGUGUCGUUCGUAAGAACCGAGCAAACCUUCCUUUGACAGAUACAGUGUAGGUGUUUCUAUUGUUAAGAUUUUCGCUACUCUGUAUUCAACAUGACAGGUAUAAUAUUUGUACAAUGCCAACCUUUAGGAUCUGGUUACCUGUGUUUAAGAGGUUAUAGUAGAAAUGCAGAGAUAACGAUUCUCAAUGAAUCCGAUUCUCUGUAUGUGUAGAGGAGAGGCAGUGGUCACAUAUGAUACCUACGUUUCUAUUGUUCAGUCAGAUAGAGGAGAUCUCCCACUGUGUGUGUGUGUUUAUCAGGUCCAUGCUAGUUGUAUGUGUCAAACAAACACACCACUCUGCAGCACACAUUUUGUAAAAUACUAUCUCACUAAACCUGCAGGGUGUAGUUUCAGUAGAUAUUAAAGAAUACAAAUAGUUCAUAUGUGCCAUUGCUACAUAAAUUACAGUCUGUGGAUUGGAGUCAUUAUUAAAAACACUAAAAAAGCAAGACUGUCUGCAGUUUACAUUAUCAAAAGAAGAUAUAUUUUGACUGUUUGAAAGACUUUUUUAGUUCCACCUGUGGAAACAAACGUGCAAUGAAGCAAUACAAACUGCCUGCAUCUGCACUGUAUUGAGCUAUGAUAGCAUCCUUAAAGUAUAACGCUGGUGAUAUUGUAUUUUUGUUAAUGUAAACCAAUAUUCCAUGAAAAUAUCCCAUUCAUUCCUACAGAAGACUUAAUCUUUAAUCUUAAAAAUGUUUAUAUUUAAAAAAGGUUAAAUAACUUCCUAAAACAGGUGGGCACUGUAGUUAUUAGCCAACAUAACAAUAACAACCAGGAGUAAAGUCUGCAUUUGUUGGGGACCAUUUUCAAUGUUUACAAUGAUGACUGAAAAUAAACUGCAGUGCAUAUUUUUAUGGUAAUAAGGAACAAUGGAUGUUUAUGACACAGAAGGAAACUAUAUCAUGCUUUGGAUACACAGACAACACUUGCUGGUAGGAUUCAUUUUUGGUUUUGUUUUGUUCAUGGGAUUUGUUGACAAUAAGAAAAAUACAGAAUAUUAUCAAACUUAUCCUUUAAAACAGGCUCCAGACUGUGUGAUGUAAUGAAAAUAAGCACUAGACCAGUGCACAAGGUUCAAAUGUUUUACUUCUUUUAGCUCUGAAAAAGGAUUUGGCUGAAAACUCAAAUCAUACUCACUGUUCACAUAUAAAACAACACUCAUUAAUUACAAUACAGCAUAUAUUUAGAUAUAUUACAGGCUAUUCAUUUGUACUGCUAAUGAUCAUAUUGCUGUCUUCUACAGCCCCGCAUGGGUUUUGAUACUCUGCUCUUUUAUGAUCUCUCCUCCUGUAGAUCUCCUGAACAAUACUGUCAAUUGUGUUAUUAUUUUGUAUGCUGUAGAUACACUUUGUAAUAAUGGCUGUUGGGUGUUGUUUUGUUGCCACCAAACAGAAUUCACACACAAAUAUAUCUGCAUAUAUACAAAAACAACACAUUUUCUUUACCUUUUGAAGAAUGUGCAUUACUCUUGUUUUAUAUCUUAUAUAUAAAUAUAUAUAAAGAAACAUUUUGUAAAUGGACCAGUAUAGCCUAUAUGUUAGUGAGAACGAAUUCACCUUAAGACUUUAUAGUGUCAUGUAUAUUGUGUUACUGCAUUGUAGUUGUUUUUGCUUUUGUUUAUUUAAAUCUUGGUUUGGUAACAGAUAUGUGGAGUGUGAGUGUUUGGACUGGCCCACCAAACACACAGUUAGACGUUCAAUUGAGUAUAAAACAAUAAACACAGCAAUAAAUGUCUAUAGAGCAGCUCA